UGUUGUCUCUAAAGCAAUCUUAUUCUAUGCUUUCACAUGUUCAUUUUUACAGGUUAUAAUUCAGUUGUUUUUUGGUUGGUGUCAACAUUGGUCGACAUUUCAAAAGUUCUGAAAGCUGGAAUAUUAAAAUUUUCCAUUUUUCACAUUCAGGAAUUAUGUCUGAAUCUUCUGUUAACAGAAAUCGUAACAAGAAACGAAAGAAGUCGUUCCUUAAAAAUGCGAGAAAGUACGCGAAAAAAGGAUAUUAUGGUAGGGGUUCUGAACUGGAUGCAGAUACUUACCAGUACUUCGUGAGGAUUAUGGAGGCCUACAGAGAGGGGUUUGAUAACGAUGAGGAUAAAAUUGUGUUUGUUAACAAUGUCUUUGAACAAACCGAAAAUUCAGAAAUAAAUUGCAGCAGAAAUCAAGUAGGAUGUCGUGUUAUAGAGGUACUACUUCCCUUUGCCAAUGAUUCUGUAUUGGCAAAAUACAUUGAAGCAUUUUGUGCAGAGCUCCGGCCUUUAUGCAACGACAGAUUUGCAAGUCAUGUUCUUGAAUCUAUGGUAGUUCAAGCAUGUAAGAGGUCAAAAGAUGAAAAAACCAAUUCAGAAAUGAGGACUUUGUUCACAGGUUUUAUACUUAAAGUAAGCAAAUUCUUACUCAAUAAUCUUGAGGAUUACAUAUGGGAUACUUAUGGCAAUCAUGUAACUAGAACUUGUAUAGAGCAACUUUUGCAAAUGGAAGAUAAUGAAUGUUCUGAAGUUUUGAAAGAAUAUGCUACAAGAUUGAUAGCAUGGCCUCAGUUCAAUGAAUUGUGUCAGACAGAGCUAACAUCGGGAUUUCUGCAAAUUCUGCUAAAGCACUUAACUAACGUAGAUAAAGAUCAGCUUAAAAUAUACUUAAAAAAACUUACAAAAGAGUCAUUCAAAUCUGAUGGACCUGAGACAGGAGGAUUUCCAAAAGUUUUUCUUUCAAAAUCUCUGAUCAUGUUGUUAGAAACUUCCAUAGAAUUAUGUAAGGGCAAAAUGUUUCAAAAGCUGUAUAAGCAUUAUUUUGCUGGAAGACUACAAAAGUUGGCAAUUACUCGUAAUACAAAUUUUGCUGUUCAGAAGAUCGUACAGCAUUGUCCUGAAAAGGAAUUAUUUGAAGAAAUAUUUGGAGAGCUAGCAGACCAUUUCAAAGAUAUAAUAGAAGCAGGACAUACAGGAAUAAUCCUUGCCUUAGCAAAGUCCUGUAAACGUCUUAGCACACUACAAGGGAGCUUUGCACAAAACUUGAUGAAAGCCUUGGAUUGUUUCCAACCUGAAGAGAAGCAGCAGAGUUUUAUCUUAUGUUUGGGUAGAUUUACUACUUUUGAUAAAACUAUAGAAAUGCCUACUGGAAAUAUCCACAAGGAAAAAUUGAACCUACAUGGAACUCUGAUAGUGCAAGAGCUGUUGAAUUUUAACAAACCUAUUAAAUUAGUAAACAGUAUCCUAAGUUUGGAUGCUAACGACCUGAAAAAUCUGUUUUCUAAUACUAUGGGAAGUCACAUUGCAGACUCUUAUAUGAAAGGAGAAUUUGUAGGUGAGAAAAGUAGAGAGAGGUUAGUGAGAAAGUUGAUGGGCUCAUAUCAAGAAUUGGCAUCUACCAAAUAUGGUUCAAGAAGCUUCGAGGCUUUAUGGAAUGGUGCUCAGUUGAAACUGAAAAUUAUGAUCAUGGAAGAAUUGUCUAAAAAGGAUGCCUCUUGGGCUAAUACACCAUUUGGACAGAUCAUUUCAAAUAAAGUGAAUCUAGCAUUAUUCAAGAGAAGUAGGGACGAUUGGAAGAAUUCUUUGAAUAAGGGUGAUAAAGCUGAGAAAAUACUAGCUGAUAUUUUAAAGUAAUAUAAAACAUUAUUUAAAGUUUGUUUUUCAAUUUCCCACUACCUUAUUAUAGCCUGGA